GUUCACACCUGGAUCACAGGAAAUCGACAAGUUCUCCAGAGCGAUGGACAUGGUGCUCGCGGACCGAGCCCAGGACGCGGGUCUGGAGACCAGCCACGUCAUCGCGAGAGGGGAGAACCAGAUGGCCGCAAAACACGGCAUCACAAAGAUGGGCAAGGGGGUGGUUGACAAGUUCCGCGCCGCCGCGCACAACACCGCGCUCAUGUCGGCCAUGGGGCACCCGGGGCUGGAGCGGCUGGUGGCCCGGGAGGCGGAGGAGAAGCGGAAGAGGCGGGCGCGGCUCAAGGAGCUCACCGCCCAGCGUAUGAACCUGGGCAGUCGGGCCACCCUGAGGAGCUCGGGAGCGGAGAGCGGCCUGUCCGCCUGCAGUCCCUCCUUCACAGCCACCACCGAGCUGCCCAACGUGUAUGCGGCGCUGGGCAGGUCGGUGCCGCCCUCGCGCGCUGCGUCCACCGCAACUGGAGGGGGGGCAGCAGGAGGAGGGGCGGGGGGGAGUCCGAGGAUGAUGAU